UUACAUACACAUGUUGAUGUUUUUUCGAGAGUUUUUCUAUAUGAAUAAAAAAUAAUCUUUUCUGGAACAACUGUUGUCCAAAACAAAAACAAAAACAAAAUGUUCAAACUUAAAUCAACAUUCUUCAUCAGAUAUUCAUAUCGACAUUUAUCAACAAAAAGUUAUUAUUUAGCAAAUUUAAAAAGUAAAAAUUUAUUAACAAUUACUGGAAAAGAUUCUAUUGAUUUUCUACAAGGUUUAAUUACAAAUGAUGUUCGUUAUAAAUCCAAUGAUAAUCAUUCAAAUUCUACAUCAUGUAUUUAUUCAUUUAUUUUAAAUAAUACUGGACGUAUUAUUGCCGAUUUAUUUGUACAUCGAUUGAUUACAAAGCAAAAUGAUUAUGAAAAUAAUGAUGCAAUAUUAUUAUUAGAAGUUGAUCAACAAAUUAGUUCAAUUUUAAUUAAACUAUUAAAACGUUAUAAAAUUAAAAGUAAAGUUUCAAUUAAACAAUCCGAUACGAAUGAUUGGCAUUGUUAUUCAUUAUUUCCAACUGUUAUUGAAAAUAAUUUAAAUGAAAUUAUUCAAAUAAAUAAUAAUGAAUCAAAUACAAUUUUCGUUAAUGAUCCAAGAAAUAAUUAUUUUGGUUAUAAAAUUCUAACAAAAAUUCAAUCAAAUAAUGAAUUAUUAAGUUUUUUAAACGAAAUGAAUCCAACAUGGAAAAUUAUUGAUAUUGAUGAAAAUCGUUAUCGUUCAUUUCGUUAUCAAUAUGGUAUUGGUGAAGGUAGUUUAGAUUUUCCAAUUGAAACAUCAUUACCAUUUGAUGCUAAUGGUGAUAUACUGAAUGGAAUUAGUUUUCAAAAAGGUUGUUAUAUUGGACAAGAAUUAACAGCACGAACUUAUCAUACCGGUGUAAUACGUAAACGUAUAAUGCCUAUUAAAAUUAUUGAUCCAUUAGUCGAAUCAAACGAAAUGUUACCAUUACAGAAUGUAAUCGAUUCGGAUGGUAAAAAUGUUGGUCGGUUUCGAUCAAAUUAUGGUGAUCAAGGUUUGGCUGUACUUAAAUUUGAUUCAAUUUCAAGUGAUUCACGAUUGAAAUUAAGUAAAACUGGUCAUCGUAUACGUACAUGGAGACCAUUUUGGUGGCCAGAAUCAAUUAUCGAACAACAAAUGAAACUUGAAUCAUCAUAAUUGUAAAAAAAUGUUGUAAUUUAUCAUUGUAAUUUAUAAACAAAACAAACAAAAAAUUUUUAAAAAUU